GCGAAGCGGCGAGAAAAACGAGAGACGAGCAAAUAAAACCUGAAGAAGAAGAGGAGAAGAAGAAGAAGAAGAAGAGGGCGUGGCGAGCGAUGCCGGAUCCCGGAUCGAGGGAUCUCGUGUCUCCAAGUAUUCGGUGAACGGAUCCGCCUGUCCUUCGACGAUUCCUCUGGUUCCUGGUUCGAAGACACCGCCGCCGGCUCGCUCGUCCCCUCCGCCUUGUAUAUAAGUCAAAACGAGAUCGGAAGCAAGGUGCACAGGCCGAACAGUCCUUCGUCGAGCGAGGAGGUUCCACUGGAAUAGAGCAAACUAUCUCAAACGAUGCAGUCGCUGAUACCAUUGAUUCUAGCCCUCAGCCUGGCCUCGGCCUCGCACUUGAAUCUACUCCCGUACGCGUACCUGUCCAGCCCGAUCCCCAUAUACAACCAAUACCAGAACACGGUGACCGGGGAGCACGCGUACAGUUACGCCGGUGGCCCAUCCGCCAAAGAGGAGGUGAAAGACGCGAACGGUGUCCUCCGUGGCUCGUACAGCUACGUGGACGCGAACGGUGUUCUCCAGUCAGCGUUCUACGUCGCUGACGACAACGGUUUCCGCGUGGCCGCGACCAACAUCCCCACGGACGAAAAUCAGAACGAAUUGGAAACGACGGCCCACGUAAUUCUGGCGAGAAGCGCCGCGGCCGAGAGAAGUUCCGCGCCCAGCCGCAGAAGGCGCAGCCUGCAAAAUUCUAAUCCCGAGAAGAGCGGGCGGAGAGAAGAGCAAUCUUUGAACAGUGCCCAAAACGACACGAACGAGCAAGCUGCGCCCUCUCAGUCUCCUCCUUCCACCUCGUUGCUGUUGCAACCACUGCUUCUCGACAACAACAACAACAACAUCCCCCUCGCGACCUCGCACCAGAGUCAAGUUCAAGUGCACAGCAACGCUCGGUUGGAGGCGAAACCGGUCGACCUGCACCCGAUCUUGCCUGUGCAGGCCAUAUUGGGAGGGUUGCCCGUGCUCGCUCGCACGCCCACCUACCACGAGAACCGCGUAGAAUUGCACAAGCAGUUGGGUAUAGAGGGGCCAAGGCCCAAAGACGCGGUCAAGAUUAAGCCUGAACCGUUGACCGUGGUCCGGUCGGUAUUUCCGCUCGCCUCUACCGUACUGGCGGGAGAGACUGUUUUACCAACGAUCGUUAAAGAAACCGUCCCCGUUCUUCCGGCUCGGCUAACCUCUGUGACGACCACUUCUGUCUCGAGUCACGGUGUCAGCCAGAUACAUGGACCGUCGAACGUUGUUGCCAAGGAGGGUAUUGCUGUUGCUCCUACGCUUGCGGAGAGGAAGGAGAUAGCGCACGUUCCCGCUGUACCAGUCGUCAAAGGGGAGGCGUCGGUUACCAGUUACGGUGUCAGUCAAAUCCACGGCGGAGAAAUUAAUCCGAUCGGACUGCUGGUCAAGAGUGCGCCCGCUGUUGCCGAGAUACAUCCGACUAUCCAUGUCCCGGUCUAUCUUUAGUCCGGAUGGGUUCGAUCGAGAUCAAGAGGAAGAUUGCAUUCAAGAAAAAUCUUUGGAUCAAUUGAUUCGUACAUGGAAAAAAAUAAGAAGAAAGAGAAUAGUGGAGAAACUUUUGAAAAAAGUCUCUUUACAAUUAACAAGUUUACUUAACCUCAGAGAAGUUCCUCGGAUCUUUCUCAAAUUUCUCACGAGCAACCUUAUCCACCCACUUAAACAAGAAACUCAACGAACCCAUACAUGUACUUACGUAGUUACUUCGAUAGCUAAAACUCAACGACUGCCAUAAUUUUAGAUCCCGUAAGAGAGCAAGAGAGACAGUGAAAGAGAAAGAGAGAAAAAGACGAAUUCACAUUACAAAGAGAAAUUAAAAAGAAGA